CCAUGUGAACACAUUCUCACUGAACCCCCAUUGACACACCCUCUGAAGCAAGCCCUUGUAUGCAGGGUUCAUUUCCAUGACAGUGGUCACUCAGUAAUGGUGGUAUUCUUGGACUCUAAAGAAAUCAUGUCAUGGAGCAUAUCACCAUGGAAGGAGCAGUGGCAGGAUAAACUCACAAUGAGAAUCAGGAACACAGCUUGGUCUUUGGAAACCAGGCUGCUUUUUGUUUGGAACCUCAUUGACAGCAUAGAUGUAUACCACUUGGCUGACCACCCGGUCUUUGUUCAACAGUUUUCUAUCAAGAUUCAGAGGAAUAACAUCAAGCAGGUUGAAUUUGUAUGCCAUGGAAAAUAUGCCCUGUGUGGCAGU